CUGCGGUCUGCAAAGAUACGCUUCUCGCGAUAACACGAGCCGUCGGUACGAGAGGUUUCUUAAUGACGUAACCGCGGAUGAAUAUACGACAUCGCGGUGAUUCGGCAUUACUGGCCUCUCACUGCAAAGGGUUCCGGACGUCUCCACCUCAUCUCGUCCCGUUGUCAGACUGAACCGGUCCGGUAUCACCAGCACUCAAACUACAACCACUCCGAGGCGCCGACCGUGCAUACUGGUUACAGUAGUUGACAGGAGACUGACCACUCUGCGAUACGAUGGCUGACCAACUGACUGAGGAGCAGAUUGCUGAGUUCAAGGAGGCGUUCUCCCUGUUCGAUAAGGAUGGAGACGGCACCAUCACCACCAAAGAGCUGGGAACCGUGAUGCGCUCUCUGGGCCAGAACCCCACGGAGGCGGAGCUACAGGACAUGAUCAACGAGGUGGACGCCGACGGUAACGGUACCAUCGACUUCCCAGAGUUCCUGACCAUGAUGGCGCGGAAGAUGAAGGACACAGACAGCGAGGAGGAGAUCAGAGAAGCCUUCAGAGUCUUUGACAAGGACGGGAACGGCUACAUCAGCGCGGCGGAGCUGCGGCACGUAAUGACCAACCUGGGGGAGAAGCUGACGGACGAGGAGGUGGACGAGAUGAUCCGCGAGGCUGACAUCGACGGAGACGGACAGGUCAACUACGAGGAGUUCGUCCAGAUGAUGACUGCCAAGUGAAGGCUGCUCCACCUUCUACUGUCAUCGCUUGUCCUGAGAUCACUCUUGUCUUUAAGAAAGGAAAUCUAUCAAAACAAAGAUCACACCGCCCCCCCCCCCCCCGCCUCUAUAACCUCUAUCUAAUCACUGUCGAGCUGGGAUCACUCACGGCCUCCUUCUGAGCUGGCUCUAGACCGCGCCUCUGUAGCCUUCUGUAGAGAGGCUCACGGGCCAGGCCAGCCUCCAGAGCGCUGAAGCCCCUUUCUCUUCCUCCCAGGGCACUGGGGCCCCUGGCUUCAUUAGGGCCCCUAGCACCAGGCCUCUGGCUUCAUUAGGGCCCCAAGCUCCUGGCUUCAUUAGGGCCCCAAGCUCCUGGCUUCAUUAGGGCCCCUAGCACCAGGCCUCUGGCUUCAUUAGGGCCCCAAGCUCCUGGCUUCAUUAGGGCCCCUAGCCUCUGGCUUCAUUAGGGACCCUAGGUUCAUUAGGGCCCCUAGCACCAGGCCUCUGGCAUCAUUAGGGCCCCAAGCCCAGGCUUCAUUAGGGCCCUUGGCUUCAUUAGGGCCCCUAGCACCAGGCUUCAUUAGGGCCCCAGGCUUCAUUAGGGCCCCUAGCACCAGGCUUCAUUAGGCCCCUAGCACCAGGCUUCAUUAGGCCCCCUAGCCUCUGGCUUCAUUAGGGCACCGGGCUUCAUUAGGGACCCAAGCUUCAUUAGGGCCCCUAGCACCAGGCUUCAUUAGGGCCCCUAGCACCAGGCUUCAUUAGGGCCCCUAGCACCAGGCUUCAUUAGGGCCCCUAGCACCAGGCUUCAUUAGGGCCCCUAGCCUCUGGUUUCAUUAGGGCACCGGGCUUCAUUAGGGCCCCUAGCCUCUGGCUUCAUUAGGGCACCAGGCUUCAUUAGGGCCCCUAGCACCAGGCUUCAUUAGGGCCACUAGCACCAGGGUUCAUUAGGGCCCCUAGCACCAGGCUUCAUUAGGGCCCCUAGCACCAGGCUUCAUUAGGGCCCCUAGCACCAGGCUUCAUUAGGGCCCCUAGCACCCGCGUAGCGGUAGAGGGCCCGUCUCCCAGGAGACCCCCGUACCCCUCACUCUCCCAUUGGACUGCAGGCCCCCCCGGGGGCCCCAUCGUCCCUGUAUUGAACCGCGUCAGACGCUCUGCAUGCGCCCUUCAGCGGCUGAACCCCAGAGAUGUACUUGGACCGUGAACACACUGACGAUAUGAAAUAUAUAAAGGAUAUAUAUGUACAUAUAUAUUUUCUCUCUAACAUGUGUGGUGUCAGUGGGUGCUGAGUGGGGGCCAUUUCUCCCGGGGGUCCGUUUAUCUGGAGAUUUGACGACACUAUGGGUGGGGGGCACUUUUAGAGGAGGGGUGGGUGCUGAUGUUGUCGUUCAGAAGGAGCACUUCGCCCCUCAGCCUGCUGGGGGUGUUGUUGUGCGACGUGAAGAUUCAGGAAGCGAUAAAGUGGAGGACUGCAAACGGAUAUACUGAUGACAUUAAUGUAAUGCUUUUUAAAUGUUAUCCAAUAUUAAUGUAUUUACUGCAAACUUUGGUCACACGAUAUCUGUGUCUGUGUCAGUAGUGUGUUGCGUCGCCAGUUGUGGUAGAUCGUUUAUCGCCUUCGGUUUUGUGCCAUAAUCUCAACACCUCAAACCUGAAUAAAGAUGUGUGGUUAAUUAUAACAUUAUCAAUAUAUUAAUAUUCAGUAAAAAUGUACCGCUCUUUGGUGUCUUCCAUGAGAUAUUAGUUCUGAACGAAA